AUGUCACGUUCUUUUUUAGUGGAUUCUUUAUUAAGUAACCCUCCGGAAGAACCUAAACUUAUUAAUACUUUAAGAACACCUUGGAUCGCUUACCCACGAAAAACUAACUUCUUCGAACGUUCCGCUCAUCACCAAGGCCUUUGCUAUUUAAAAAAAGGACUAGGCAUACACUGUUGUCCAAUUUGUAUUCAGACAACUAACAACGUAGUUUCUAGCAACGGUAGGAAUCAAUCGAAUCAAUCUCAAUCCUUGAGGUGUGCAUUUCCUUAUGCUUCUCUGUCUACGGGAGAAACUUCGCCUUCUUCUCAAGAAGUUCGAGAUCGUCACGUGAUUCAUCAGGGUAGCAAAAUAACAUCGGGUUCAUACGAUGAUAAAGUGGAUUCUUUAUUAAGUAACCCUCCGGAAGAACCUAAACUUAUUAAUACUUUAAGAACACCUUGGAUCGCUUACCCACGAAAAACUAACUUCUUCGAACGUUCCGCUCAUCACCAAGGCCUUUGCUAUUUAAAAAAAGGACUAGGCAUACACUGUUGUCCAAUUUGUAUUCAGACAACUAACAACGUAGUUUCUAGCAACGGUAGGAAUCAAUCGAAUCAAUCUCAAUCCUUGAGGUGUGCAUUUCCUUAUGCUUCUCUGUCUACGGGAGAAACUUCGCCUUCUUCUCAAGAAGUUCGAGAUCGUCACGUGAUUCAUCAGGGUAGCAAAAUAACAUCGGGUUCAUACGAUGAUAAAGGAAACUCAAGCAAAUCUUCUCAAGAAGAUAUGUCAAGCAGCAAACGAAUUCGAACUGCUUUUACCAGUACUCAACUACUAGAACUGGAGCGAGAAUUUGCAUCAAAUAUGUACUUAUCUCGUCUCAGACGUAUCGAAAUAGCAUCUUAUUUAAACUUAUCAGAAAAACAAGUCAAAAUUUGGUUCCAAAAUCGAAGAGUUAAAUAUAAAAAGGAGGUCAAUUAUGAUCAUCGUUGUCGUUGCGCUCUUCGUACAUGUUCGAGUUCAAGGUCGUCGGGAAGUUCAACAGCAAGUAAAAGUAACUCUGAUCAUAUACCUACUACCACUGUGAAGAACAGCACAUCUAGCACUGAUUCUGAAUCAAUUGUAUGUAGUACUUCGGAGGGUGUAGAAUUAUUCGAAGCUUCUUCACCGGAUAUUUUAAAAUCUGAACUCCUUUGAUUUAAAAAAAAUGAAAAUGGAAUAUGUAAAGAAAUCAAUUUUGUUUCUAUUUGUAUUGUACAUUAAAUUUUUAUUUAGAGAACUUUAAAA